UUAAAAUUAAAGACAUGAAAUGCUUGAUGCUAACUCCUUAAAACAAGAAUCUGAAUGGAAAGAAAAAGCUACUAAAGAACUUGAAGAGUGGUAUGUCAGGCAAGAUGAGAUGUUACAGAAGACAAAAGCAAAUAAUAGGGCUGCUGAAGAGGCAUUUGUGAGUGAUGUGGAAGAAACGACACCAGGUACAGAAUGGGAGCGUGUAGCACGCCUUUGUGACUUUAACCCCAAGUCAAGCAAACAAGCAAAAGAUGUGUCCCGUAUGCGCUCCAUCUUGAUUUCACUCAAGCAGGCUCCUCUGGUUCACUGAAGAAAAAGCACAACCGAAACACGACACUUCAAAUAUUUUAAUCUUUACUCAGAGAAGCUAUGUUUGAGAAACUUGUUUUACUUUUCCCUUUCAGGACCAAACCUCCCAUUGUAUUUGACAUUGAUCAUUGUAUGUAAUUCUCAUUCUGAUUCCAUUUGCUGUUCCUCUUUUGUACUUCUAAACAAGACUCGAGAGGGAACCUACUACAACCGUAGUCUUCUCACAAGCGUGCAUUCGUGUUAAUAUCCAAUUGUCAUUGGUCUUUUGAUUUGUGCUAAAGUGUGAUAGUAAUAUUAAAGGUCUUUAAAGAAUAAAAAAAAA